AUGGAUGUGGGGCAACAACAAGUUCCUAUGGAUCUGUAUAAUCCACCACUUCACAUGAGAAAUGUCAACUUAGAUGAGGAAGAUGAUGGUUCAAUAUUUGAAACACCACUGCCAAUGCAAAUUGAAGGUGGUUUGUUUGGAAUGAAAUUCGCAAGUAAAGAGGAGUGUGUGUUUGCUAUCGCUCAGUACCACAUCAAACACUCUCUUGAUUAUGAAGUUUAUAAGUCUGAUUCUAAAAGAUAUAUAGUCAAGUGUAAGAAUGAAGAUUGCACGUUCAGAUGUAGAGGUACUUUGGGGAAAAAAAGUGGUACGUGGAUGAUCACAAAGGUAAGUGGACAACACACAUGCUCUUCGGUUGCAAUUACUCAGGACCAUCGAAAACUUAACUCAAACAUCAUUAGUGACAGCAUCAAACGUCUCAUACAAGAGGAUGCCUCGUUGAAGGUUAAACACAUUAUUGCUCAUAUUUGUGAGAAAUUCAAUUACACGAUUUCUUACAAAAAAGCAUGGAUUGCGAAGAACAAGGCAAUAGCAUCUACCUAUGGUAAUUGGGAGACUUCCUACAACGACCUUCCGCAGUGGUUAUUGAAUUUUCCAUUUUCUAUUUUGGGCCUUCCAGCCAUGUGUAUCAAGGGUUUCGCUUACUGCAAACCCGUUGUUCAGGUUGAUGGGACAUGGCUGUACGGAAUAUACAAGGGAACCCUGUUACUAGCUGUUGCACAAGAUGGAAACAGAAACAUCUUUCCAAUAGCUUUUGCAUUGGUUGAGGGUGAGACGGGUGAUGCAUGGAGUUUUUUCCUAAGGAAUCUAAGAAUGCAUGUUACACCGCAACCCAACAUCUGUCUAAUAUCAGACAGACAUGUGUCCAUUAAAAGCGCAUCUGAUAACCCGGAAAAUGGCUGA